AUGGAAGUUACGUCUUCUGAGGAAGGUGGGACAAAUAAACAUGAAAAGCAGAAAAAGAACGAACAACUGCUUUCACUUUUUGCAGAUAUUCAGAGUAUCAGAGGUCUUGCAGUGGAUUGGAUAUCACGAAAUUUAUAUUGGAUUAGCUCAGAAUUUGAUGAAACACAAAUUAAUGUGGCACAUUUAGACGGUUCUUUGAAAACUUCAAUCAUCCAUGGAAUUGAUAAACCCCAGUGUCUUGCAGUUCACCCGGUUAAAGGUAAGCUCUACUGGACAGAUGGUAACACAAUUAACAUGGCAAACAUGGAUGGCAGCAACAGCAAAAUACUCUUUCAGAAUCAAAAAGAUCCUAUUGGUCUAUCAAUAGAUUAUGGGGAGAACAAACUUUACUGGAUCAGUUCAGGAAAUGGAACCAUAAACAGAUGCAACUUGGACGGUGGUGGUCUUGAAAUAAUAGAAUCUAUGAAAGAAGACUUAACGAAAGCCACAGCAUUAACCAUUAUGGAUAAAAAGCUUUGGUGGGCGGACCAGAACUUAGCUCAGAUUGGUACCUGUAACAAAAAAGAUGGAAGAAACCCAACUGUCCUGCGAAACAAAACUUCAGGUGUGGUACAUAUGAAAGUGUAUGAUAAAGCAGCACAGCAAGGUAGCAAUUCCUGUCAGUUAAACAAUGGUGGGUGCUCCCAGCUUUGUUUACCAACAUCAGAAACCACCAGGACAUGUGUCUGUACAGUAGGCUACAACCUUCAAAAAAACCGCAUGGCAUGCAAAGGUGUUGAAUCAUUUCUUAUGUAUUCUGUUCAUGAAGGAAUUAGAGGAAUUCCUCUUGAUCCGAAUGAUAAAAUGGAUGCUUUAAUGCCUAUAUCUGGAACUUCAUUUGCUGUGGGCAUAGACUUCCAUGCAGGAAAUGAUACAAUCUAUUGGACAGACAUGGGUUUCAACAAAAUUAGCAGAUGUAAACGAGACCAAACAUGGAAAGAAGACGUUGUUACAAAUGGUUUGGGAAGAGUUGAAGGCAUUGCAGUGGACUGGAUAGCAGGUAACAUAUAUUGGACGGAUCAUGGCUUCAACUUAAUUGAAGUUGCCAGGCUCAACGGCUCAUUCCGCUAUGUAAUUAUAUCCCAGGGUUUGGACCAGCCAAGAUCUAUUGCGGUACACCCAGAGAAAGGGUAUUUAUUUUGGACAGAGUGGGGACAGACUCCUUGCAUAGGCAGGGCACACUUAGAUGGGUCUGAGAAGGUUGUGCUUGUGAGCCUGGGGAUUGCGUGGCCUAAUGGGAUUUCCAUCGACUAUGAGGAAAAUAAAUUAUAUUGGUGUGAUGCUCGUACCGACAAGAUAGAAAGAAUUGACCUUGAGAGUGGAGGGAAUCGGGAGAUUGUGCUGUCAGGGAGCAAUGUGGAUAUGUUUUCAGUCGCAGUGUUUGGAGCUUACAUCUACUGGUCUGACAGAGCACAUGCAAAUGGCUCUAUUAGAAGAGGCCACAAGAAUGAGGCCACGGAUGCUGUGACCAUGAGGACUGGCCUUGGAAUAAACCUGAAGGAAGUGAAAGUCUUUAAUAGAGCACGAGAGAAAGGUACUAAUGUUUGUGCCAAGAACAAUGGUGGAUGUCAUCAACUUUGCCUUUAUCGGGGAAGUGCACGGAGAACAUGUGCUUGUGCACAUGGCUAUCUUGCCGAAGACGGAAUUACUUGCCUGAGACAUGAAGGUUACCUGUUGUACUCGGGAAGGACAAUAUUAAAAAGUAUACAUCUUUCAGAUGAAACCAACUUAAAUUCACCAGUAAGGCCAUAUGAAAAUCCAGAGUACUUCAAAAAUGUGAUAGCUCUUGCUUUUGACUACAGCCUGAAAGGAAGAGGUACAAACCGCAUAUUCUUCAGCGAUGCACACUUUGGAAACAUACAGGUUAUUAAAGACAACUGGGCUGGCAGAAAAGUGCUGAUUGAAAAUGUUGGGUCAGUGGAGGGACUUGCUUAUCAUAGAGCUUGGGACACUCUCUAUUGGACCAGUUCAACCACAUCCUCAAUCACAAGACACACUGUUGAUCAGAGACGUCGAGGAGCUUUCAACCGGGAAGCAGUAAUAACAAUGUCUGAAGAUGAUCAUCCACACGUGUUAGCUCUAGACGAAUGCCAAAACUUAAUGUUUUGGACUAACUGGAAUGAGCAGCUCCCAAGCAUCAUGAGAUCUACCCUCUCAGGCAAAAAUGCACAGGUUAUCAUUAGUACAGAUAUUUUGACACCAAAUGGACUUACCAUUGAUCACAGGGCGGAGAAACUUUACUUUUCAGAUGGCAGCUUGGGAAAAAUUGAGAGGUGUGAAUAUGAUGGAUCACAAAGAUAUGUAAUUGUCAAAUCUGGACCAGGUACUUUUCUCAGCCUGGCUGUAUAUGAUGAUUAUAUCUUCUGGUCAGAUGGAGUGAGGAGAGCUAUUCUGCGUUCCAGUAAAUAUACAGGAGGAGAUACCAAAGUUCUUCGUUCUGAUAUCCCGCAUCAGCCAAUGGGCAUUAUUGCUGUUGCCAACGAUACUAACAGUUGUGAGUUAUCUCCUUGUGCACAAAUGAAUGGAGGUUGUCAUGAUUUAUGCCUUCUGACUCCUGACGGACGAGUGAACUGCUCCUGUAGAGGGGACAGAAUACUGAUAGAUGAUAACAGAUGUGUGACUAAAAAUUCUACUUGCAACAUUUAUUCUGAAUUUGAAUGUGGGAAUGGUGAAUGCAUUGAUUAUCAGCUGACUUGUGAUGGCAUUGCUCAUUGUAAGGACAAGUCUGAUGAGAAACUUUUCUACUGUGAAAACAGAGGCUGUCGGAAGGGCUUCAAGCCAUGUUCUAAUCGUCGCUGUGUUUCAAGUCACAAAGUAUGUGAUGGUGUAAAUGACUGUGGUGACAACUCUGAUGAAUUUGACUGUAAAGAUUCAACAUGUGCUUCAACAGAAUUCCGUUGUGCAGAUGGGAUUUGCAUUGGAAAAUCAGCACAGUGCAACCAGGUCAUUGACUGUGCAGAUGCUUCAGAUGAAAAGAACUGCAAUGAUACAAACUGUGCUUACUUCUAUAAACUUGGAAUAAAAUCUUCAGGAUUUAUUAGCUGUAAUUCAACUUCACUUUGUAUACUGCCAGAAUGGAUAUGUGAUGGAUCUAAUGACUGUGGAGAUUAUACAGAUGAACUGAAAUGCCCAGUUCAAAACAAACCCACAUGUGAAGAAAAUUAUUUUGGUUGUCCUAGUGGAAGAUGUAUUCUGACCACCUGGCUUUGUGAUGGGCAGAAAGACUGUGAGGAUGGAGUAGAUGAAUUGCAUUGUGAUUCGUCUUGUUCAUGGAAUCAAUUUGCUUGCUCUGCAAACAAAUGCAUCUCUAAGCAAUGGAUUUGUGAUGGUGAGGAUGACUGUGGAGAUGGUUUAGAUGAGAGUGACGCUAUUUGUGGUUCAGUGACCUGUGCAGCAGACACGUUCAGUUGCUUAGGCUCCCAUGCCUGUGUUCCCCAGCACUGGCUUUGUGACGGUGAAAGAGACUGUCCUAACGGAAGCGAUGAACUGUCAACAGCAGGCUGUGCUCCUAAUAACACUUGUGACGAGAAUGCUUUCAUGUGCCAUAAUAAAGUCUGCAUUCCCAAACAGUUUGUGUGUGACCAUGAUGAUGACUGUGGUGAUGGAUCAGAUGAAUCUCUGGAAUGUGGGUAUCGUCACUGUCGUCCUGGAGAGUUCACCUGUGCUGAUGGAAGAUGCCUGUUAAAUUCCCAGUGGCAAUGUGAUGGCGAUUUUGACUGCCCAGACCGAUCUGACGAAGCACCUAUAAACAUAAAAUGCAGAAGCUCAGAGCAGUCAUGUAACAGCUCUUUUUUUAUGUGCAAAAAUGGCAAGUGUAUUCCUCAAAGUGACGUUUGUGAUAACAAAGAAGAUUGUAGUGAUGGAUCUGAUGAGAAAAGCUGCCACGUUAAUGAAUGCCUCAGUAAGAAAGUUAGCGGCUGUUCUCAGGAUUGUCAGGAUCUUCCUGUUGGGUACAAGUGCAAAUGUUGGCCCGGAUUCAUGCUGAAGGAUGAUGGCAAAACAUGUGUAGAUGUUGAUGAAUGUUCGUCUGGAUUUCCCUGUAGCCAGCAAUGCAUCAAUACCUAUGGAACCUACAAAUGCUUGUGUGCAGAAGGGUAUGAAAUACAGCCUGAUAACCCAAAUGGCUGCAAAUCCCUUUCAGAUGAGGAACCUUUCUUAAUUCUGGCUGAUCAUCAUGAAAUAAGAAAAAUUAGCACUGAUGGAUCCAACUACACUUUGUUGAAACAGGGGCUGAACAACGUGAUUGCAAUAGACUUUGACUAUAGAGAAGAGUUCAUCUAUUGGAUUGAUUCCAGCAGACCGAAUGGCAGUCGCAUAAACAGAAUGUGUUUAAAUGGAAGUGACAUCAAGGUAGUCCACAAUACAGCUGUCCCCAAUGCACUGGCUGUUGAUUGGAUUGGGAAGAAUCUCUAUUGGUCUGAUACUGAAAAGAGAAUUAUUGAGGUGUCUAAACUCAAUGGCUUAUACCCUACCGUCCUUGUGAGCAAAAGAGUGAAGUUUCCUAGAGAUCUGUCCUUAGAUCCUCAAGCUGGAUACUUAUACUGGAUUGAUUGCUGUGAAUAUCCUCACAUUGGCCGUGUUGGUAUGGAUGGCUCCAGUCAAACAGUUGUCAUAGAAACACAGAUAUCUAGACCUAUGGCUCUUACAAUAGAUUAUGUCAACCACAGACUGUACUGGGCUGAUGAAAAUCAUAUUGAGUUUUCUGACAUGGAUGGAUCUCAUAGACAUAAAGUCCCUAAUCAAGACAUUCCAGGGGUGAUUGCACUAACGUUGUUUGAAGACUACAUCUACUGGACAGACGGGAAAACCAAGUCGCUCAGCCGUGCCCACAAAACCUCUGGAUCAGACAGACUAUCACUGAUUAACUCAUGGCAUACCAUAACAGACAUUCAGGUGUACCAUUCUUACAGGCAACCUGAUGUGUCUAAACAUGUGUGUACAGUAAACAAUGGUGGUUGCAGUCAUUUAUGCCUCCUAGCCCCUGACAAGAUGUACACUUGUGCCUGUCCCACUAACUUUUACCUUGCUGCGGAUAACAAGACGUGCUUAUCGAACUGCACUGCCAGUCAGUUCCGCUGCAAAACUGACAAAUGUAUUCCAUUUUGGUGGAAAUGUGACACUGUUGAUGACUGUGGAGAUGGGUCUGAUGAGGUUUUGGAAUGCCCUGAAUUCAGAUGUCAGCCAGGACGUUUUCAGUGCGGAACCGGACUUUGUGCUCUUCCAGCCUUUAUCUGUGAUGGAGAGAAUGAUUGUGGGGACAAUUCUGAUGAACUGAACUGUGACACACAUGUGUGUCUGUCAGGUCAGUUCAAGUGCACAAAGAAUCAGAAGUGUAUUCCAAUAAAUCUGAGAUGCAAUGGACAGGAUGAUUGUGGCGAUGAAGAAGAUGAAAGAGACUGUCCUGAAAACAGUUGUUCUCCAGACCAUUUCCAGUGUAAAACAACAAAACACUGCAUUUCUAAACUGUGGGUAUGUGACGAAGACCCAGAUUGUGCUGAUGGAUCAGACGAAGCUAACUGUGAUAAAAAAACUUGUGGGCCUCAUGAAUUCCAGUGCAAGAACAACAACUGUAUUCCAGAUCAUUGGAGAUGUGACAGCCAAAAUGAUUGUGGUGAUAAUUCUGAUGAAGAAAACUGUAAGCCUCAAACAUGCACUUUGAAAGACUUUCUUUGUGCAAAUGGAGACUGUGUUUCAGCAAGAUUCUGGUGUGAUGGAGACUAUGACUGUGCAGACGGCUCAGAUGAGAGGUAUUGUGAAACAGGCUGUUCAAGAGAUCAGUUCCAGUGUUCCAAUGGUCAGUGCAUCUCGGCGAAAUGGAAAUGUGAUGGUCAUGAGGACUGCAAACUUGGGGAUGACGAGAAAAAUUGUGAACCAGCGUCUCCAACCUGCUCUUCAAGUGAGUACGUGUGUGCAAGUGGAGGCUGUAUUUCUGCAUCUUUGAAAUGUAAUGGAGAGUAUGACUGUGCUGAUGGAUCUGAUGAG